UCUUCCGGUCCUCGCGUCGCUGCAGCAUGGCGGACACCGGCGUGUUGGAGACGCUCCUGCAGCGGGUAGAGAAGGCGGACGGCGGCGUGGACAGCCUGGACGUGGCGUCCAGCCUCGGGGUGGACCACCAGGUCAUCGUCGGGGCGGUGAAGAGUCUGCAGGCCGUCGGGGAGAUCAUCUCGGCGGAGCUGCGCUCCUCCAAACACUGGGAGCUGACGGAGGAGGGCACCGAGAUCGCCGAGCAGGGCAGCCAUGAGGCCCGGGUGUUCGGCUGCGUCCCGCCGGAGGGGCUGGCGCAGAGCGAGCUCAUGAAAAUGUCUUUUGGGAAGAUCGGCUUCAGUAAAGCCAUGUCCAACAAGUGGAUCCGAGUGGACAAGACUCAGGAGGGCGGCCCCAGGAUAUUCAGAGCUGUGGAGACGGCGGGGGACCAGGUGAGACAGAAGCUGCUCCAGGUGCAGAAGGGAGACACAGCUCAGCUGGACGAGAAGGAGAAGAACGAGCUGAAGAAGAGGAAGCUGCUCUCAGAAGUGACGGUGAAGUCUUACUGGAUCUCGAAGGGCAGCUCCUUCAGCACCACCGUCACCAAGCAGGACACAGAGCUCACCCCGGAGAUGAUCGCCUCCGGCAGCUGGAAGGAGAAGAAGUUCAAGCCGUAUAACUUCGAGGCGCUGGGCGUGGCUCCGGACUGCGGACACCUCCACCCGCUCAUGAAGGUGCGAACGCAGUUCCGGCAGAUCUUCCUGGAGAUGGGGUUCACUGAGAUGCCGACCAACAACUUCAUCGAAAGCUCCUUCUGGAACUUCGACUCGCUCUUCCAGCCUCAGCAGCAUCCGGCCCGAGACCAGCACGACACCUUCUUCCUGUCCGACCCGGCGCUGGCCCGGGACUUCCCUCAGGACUACCUGGAGAGAGUGAGGAGGAUCCACUCGGAGGGCGGCUACGGCUCACAGGGGUACAAGUACGACUGGAAGAUCGAGGAGGCUCAGAAGAACAUCCUGCGCACUCACACCACGGCCGUCAGCGCUCGCAUGCUGUACAGACUGGCUCAGCAGGAGAAGUUCACGCCCGUCAAAUACUUCUCCAUCGACCGGGUGUUCAGGAACGAGACGCUGGACGCCACGCACCUGGCCGAGUUCCACCAGAUCGAGGGCGUGGUGGCCGACUACGGGCUGACCCUGGGGGACCUGAUGGGCGUCCUGCACCAGUUCUUCACCAAGCUGGGAAUCACCAAGCUGCGCUUCAAGCCGGCCUACAACCCGUACACCGAGCCCAGCAUGGAGGUCUUCAGCUACCACGAAGGGCUGAAGAAGUGGGUGGAGGUGGGAAACUCGGGGGUCUUCAGGCCAGAGAUGCUGCUGCCGAUGGGCCUUCCAGAGGACGUGUCUGUGAUCGCCUGGGGCCUGUCCCUGGAGAGACCCACCAUGAUCAAAUACGGCAUCAACAACAUCCGGGAGCUGGUGGGACACAAGGUGAACCUGCAGAUGGUCUACGACAGCCCCAUCUGCCGCCUGGACUCCUGAGGCCCCCGACAGGUGACCCCUACACCCCCCCAACGUGAAAACACCCCGCGGCUGCUCUCCGGUCAAAGGUCGGCGGCGCCGCGCUCACACAGGUUAUUUAUGAAAGAGCUCAGACUUUCCCCAAAACUCAAAACGUCCGCACAAAUUACACUUCUUUUUUCAAACUUUCAUCACUUCAGAAAUAAACUUGUACAGGAAAGAGAGAACUUUUGGACAACGCCAAUAAAAAAACUUGUUUUCCAGCAA